AUGGUAGUAAGUAUUGUUAUUUGCUGUUUUGACUCUGGUCCCAAUUCCAUUCUACACAUUCCAUAAUUCCAUUGUUUUAAAAAACUUUUAAAUAAAUUGCAGCAUUGACUGAGUGAACAGAAAAAAUGUGUACAUUUGUACAUUAUACCCAUUUUAUUAUUUCAAUAUAGACGUGGCCUUCCAUUUUAAUUAAGGAUCUGUUCAUUAACCCAUUGAGUUGCAUUGCACCCUGACGUGCCCUACUUUAUUAUUUUACUCUGUCUAAUGCCAGAUUAUUUUACUCUGUCUAAUGCUAGACGAUUUUACUUGUCAAGGGGAGAGCGCUGGCACUCAAUGGGUUAACUAUGUCAAAGGGGGGCUGGUAAGAUUUAGAAUUUUUUAAAAAUUAAAAUUUUCUAACCCCCUCUUACAUGACCAAAAUUCUUAGAGAUUGACCCCCUUUGAAAAACUUUCAAAUUUAAUGAUCCCCCAACACAUACACAUAUACUUACUCACUCCCACUUCCUUUUUGACAUGCAGAAAUUCCAAAUCUAAAAUUUUGUGCAAACCCCACAAGCCAGGGAAUAUUGUAAGGAAACUUUUAUAUUACUGCACAGAGCAAUAGAGCAUGACAUAUAGGAUUCACACUGAAAUUGUGAAAGGUGUGAAAAUUUGUAGGUGGUUCUGGCACAAUUUUUCCUGCAAAUUUUAAACGCUAGAUUAUGUUAAAUGCCAUUUCCUUGAACUUUACUUGGGGGGAAAAUGUUACAGAUUUUAAAAAUGUUUCAAGUAUGAUAUCAUGACUGUAGGUUAUAUCGUCUGGGGACAGUAGCGAAGAAAGUGAUUCAAACAAAAUCCAGAGAAAGCGUAAAAAAGAGAAGAAACGAACACAAGUAAGUUAAUUAAUUUAAUUAAAUACACCUCAAGAUUGCCUCCUUAGAAAAUACUGUAGGUUUAUCUUAUGCUCAAGCUUUACAUUAUACAGGGUUCGUACGCCCCCUGGAAAUCCUGGAAAACCCUGGAUUUUUAUUUUAGUCCUGAAAAACCCUUGAAAACCCUGGAAUUUCAAAUUUAUCCCUGGAAAACCCUGGAAAACUGAGAAACUGAGCUGGGUAUAGGAUUAUACCUUAAAAAGAAAGAUUGAACAAAAGGUUCUUUAUUAUAUAUAGUCAAACUACGAAUACUGUAUAUUUCGUUCAAACUGGUACAAACCCAAAUGUAUCUGUGCAAGAUGAAGUACUAGCCGUCGCGAACAUUUCUUAUCUGUUAAACACUUAUAGAUUUAUAUUUCAAAUGCCCCUGGAAAACCCCUGGAAAAAGGACGAAAAAAGUCCUGAAAACCCUGGAUUUUUUAAAUUACAGUAUGAAGGUGUACGAACCCUGAUUAUAGUAUGUGGUCAUUCACUCUACUAAUACAUCUUGCCUCGCUCGAACUUGUAGGUAGACUCUUCCACUGAUGAUGUAUGUGAUACCCUCAGUUAUAUGAGCUCUUGCAACAACACUCCAGCCAAAAAGCAGAGGAGAACCAAAAAACGAAAUCAAGUAGGUUAAACAAAUCCAUAGAAAUGUGAAGCAUUGAAACUGGUUUGUUGCUACAGUUAUUACCUGAACUUGUUCAGCCAAUUGAGGAUUACAUUACAACCCAAAAUUUCACAAUUAGCCUAGUUUGUGCACCAUUCAAUCUUGUACUCAGAGUAUGUGUGUUCUCGGGAGGGUUGGGAUGACUUUGGGAAGAUCGAAUGAAAAUUUUCUCAAUGGUGGAAAAGGAAAGUGUGGAAGUUGCUAAGAUUAAUAUCCUAGAUUAUUCAAUUUUGAAUUUUCCCAGAGUUAUGUCAAGGGCAACCUGCGAACAGGCAUACUAUAGGUAGGAGAUUGUGCAACACCUCUCACCCACCAUUGUAGUAUAUGCAAGUGAUGGUGUCGUCAAAAGAAAACAAAAUUAAAUCCAUGUCCAUGAGUUGGCCUCAUAAGUAUCUUUGUGUGUUAUUUAGCGUAGCUCUUAUUUUAGUGUGUAACUUGCGAUAUAAAAUUGUUAUGGUGUGCUGGUAGGGCUUUUUACUAUCUUGAAUGUUUCACAAGAAUUUCGGAUCGCUCCCAAGGGGGACGAAUACCCUGAGGUAUAAACAUAGGAAAAUGCAACACGCUAAGGCGAAGGUGACCAAGUUCAAAUUUGGCAAAUGUGUUACUGACUACUGUUAAUAUAACAACAAUGAAACUAAACAUAUUUCUUCUACAAACACAAUAGUAAAUUUAUAGCUUAGCCUAGCUGAAGUUGUGGUAUAGUACUAAAUACCAUAAACACAAUCUAUAUAUGAAUUACCUAACCAAUUCAAUUAUUUUCAAUCAAUAUCAAUGAAUAAUUUUGUGAUUACUGCAUCGAUCGGACAAUUGGAGGGGGGGGGGCGAAUUCCUGGGACACUGUCACAAAGAUUUUUCCGGAAACUGAAUUUUGUCGCUCAGUAUUUUGGAUGUAAUUAGGUUAUUUCGGUAGAUAAAACAAAUAAGAUUGACAAUUAACUUAGAGGCUAAGUGUGCUUAUGGCUGCACACUUUCAGCUGUGUUUUAAAUGCAAUUUGUUACAAAUUCUAAUGCCUUUUAUUACAGAUGGAUACCACCGUCAAUGAACUUUCACAAGUAAUGAGUGGUCUUAGCUCUGCUGAAAGUAGUCCUGCAAAAGCUACAAAAUCCUUAAGUGGAAGCUUUGUUGAUGUUGAACCAAAGAGGCUGUUUACUCUCAAAGACGACGAGUAAGUUGCAUCUUACAAAAUUUCCCAUGCCAACAAUUAUCAUUUAUUGAAAAAACAUUUAGUACCUUGCCAAAAAGCGAAUCACGAUUUCCCAAAGACGCGGGCCCGAUUUGGAAAUUUUAAUUGCAUUUUAUUUUUUCUGUAGGAGGAACGAUAAAUUCAUAUACCAAGAAGGAAAGCGCUCAUACCUAAACCAAGAUGCCGUGAAUAAAUUAGAGUCUAUAUCUGUUGAUAAGGUCCCCCCAGUACCAAACGGCCCAGUCAAAUACCGGGUGAAAUAUGUUGAAAGUGAUCCUCUACGAGCCGUCUCGGAUAACUGGAACUGGGGGCGUGCUCAGCCGUGCCCAAGAAAGGACUUCUGUAACACAGGUAGAAGGACUCUCCAAAUAUGCAAAGGUUCCUUCAAAUGUGUAAAUCCUGGCUGCACUUAUAAGAAAAUACAGAAUACAACAAACAAGGUAGAUUUCUCAAAGGCAAAAAAGUGUACCCACUGCAAAGAAAUAGCCCUACACAUAGAAUGUUCUGCCAGGAAAUAUGUAGAAAAUGACCAUUGUCAUAAAAAAAUUAUGGUAAUAUACGUCGAAACUCACGAUUGCACUCCACGUGCCGAUGACAGUAACCCCAGCAAAGAAAGCGUUAAAGAGUAUCUUAAAACGCGACCAACAAGCUGCGCCAAGCAAAUACAAGUUGAUAAAGUGAGGGAGGCAUUGUUGAGUGGGAAAAACUGCGAGGAGGUCAAUGACGUCGCAUCCCAGUAUAGCAACCAAAGGCAUAUCCAAUACCUAAAGACCACCAUUGACAAAGAGAAUAGACCAGGCGGCUCUGACGUUGAAGCGAUACGUAAUUUAAAAGAUGACUUUUCUAAGAGAGGCCUGGAUGAAAACUUAAUCAUGGAAGUCGGUGAUGAUUUUGUUAUUUUGUCAUCCGCUACAAAAAUACGGCUCACAGCUUUAAUAACACUCGGGAUAGUUACAGAGCCAGUUAGCCUGGAUGGUUGUGAAAGUUUGGCGAAAGACUUUACAGAGGUGGAAAUGACUACAUACUACCCUCUGUUACGGCGUAAUGUUAAACUGGUGAGCUUGUUCAGCCCAAAACCUGGCGAAAACUCGAUCAAUGUCGCCAAAAUGGUAAAAACAUUUGAUGACGCAGUCAAUAAAAUGUUCCCUACAGUUGCAGAGGAGUAUGGACUUGACCCCUUAGAUUAUAUUGGCAGGGGAUUUGACCCUGAAUCGUAUGUCAGAGAUGAGGGCGGUGGACUUUGGAAAGGUUGUGUCAGGUGA